GAGUUUUUUCAUACGCUGGAGAAGGUUAAUUUCGUCAUAAAAAUUCCAAGAAAGUCAAAUUCGUUACCUGUUGGAAUCCUUCGCUGCUUUCUGGCGUUUAUUUGUAAUAAUUCUGCAACUCUGUAGAAUCCAUAAAGCCAGGAAGAAGAAACGGUGUUGAAAGAGAGCGAGAGGGAGAUGGAAAGCUCCGGCUGUGUGGGAUUAAUGGCUGUGGUGGCGAUCUCCAGCAGCGUAGCUCUCGUCGUCCAUCAAUUUCACAAGCGCCUUGUCGCCGAUUUCAUGAAAAAAGCCGAACUUGAGCUCGGCGGAGGGAGGAUUAAACGGCCGAAGAAGAAGGUGACGUUCGCCGCCGACGUGGUGGAGCCGUCGACGGACAACAAGGAGUACAGGAGGAGGAGGAGGCGAUCAAACCCGGAGGAGGAAACUGUGAUCUCCAUGCCUGUCUAGUUUGUUUUUCUUCCUUUCUUUUUUGUGAAUGUUGUUGAAAGUUAGAAGUUAGACCUGUUAAUCUUCUUCUCCUAAGUAAUUUAGAAGUCUGUAGAUAUCUUUGGAAGCUUCCAUGUAAUUGUUAAGGGAGGCUUUGUAGCCGUUAGAACACGCCUUGAAUUUAAGAAACUUUUUUUUUU